AUGUCAACAACACCAAUUCCCAGAAACAGAUCCUCCAGCCCAACAGUCUUCGAGCAGCAGCGGGCAGAAUUGGUUAGGGAGAUCGCAGUGGUUGGGAAUGAGUUUGGCUCUGUGGAAGCGCUGUGGUCCCAGUUCGAGAACUUUAUGGGUCGGCCUGGGGAGGAGAAUGAGGCUGGGGAUGGUGGGAAGCAGAAGGCUGGUGCUAGUGGUAGUGGGGGUGGGCAUCAUCAGGAUGAGGAGCAGAGUCAGCUCCAGGAGGAGGACCGGGAAACGGGAAUCAGGGUCGAACAGGAGACACAGGUGCAUCGUGGCAGUGUGUUUCAUCUUCACGGCCUCUUGGUCAUGUCAUGUCAUGUCACAUACAAAAAGCGUGGGAAACCGUCGAAGCAGCCAGGCUUCUCAUUCGGUACAACAGGAAGGGCGGAAAAACAGACAUCGCAAGAGGAAGAAUAG